AUGCUGGCGGUGGGAAUGGAGAGGGACCAACGGUUAUUUCCCCAGAGCCUGAUGCCGGAUGGCCAAACCCACAUGGAGGCUCAGUAUGCAAAGGAGGGCCCAGGACCCAAGAACUUCCAAGCAAAGCCGAGAGACCCACUGCGGAGGCCUGAAGCCCAGCAGCACCCCACCUCUCUGGCAGGAUGCCGGAGUGCAGGACAGCGCUGCUGUGCGGGGCUGGGAGCGUUGGCGCUGCUGGCUGGUGUGAGCGUCGGCUCCUGGCUUCUCGUGCUGUAUCUGCGGCCGACGACCUCUCAGCCCACUCCUGGGACCCUGCAGCAGGAGGAGAUCCCUUUGAGCUGCUCUGAGGCCAGCGGUGCAGAAGCCCUGCUCCCCACGCUGUCCACAACAGUAUCUUUCAGAAUAAACAGCGAGGACUUCCUGCUGGAAGCACAGGUGAGAGCACGGCCAGACUGGCUCCUGGUCUGCCACGAGGGCUGGAACCCUGCCCUGGGGGUGCGGAUCUGCCAGAGCCUGGGGCAUCUCAGACUCACUCACCUCAAGGGAGUGAACCUGUCUGACAUCAAGCUCAACAGCUCACAGCGGUUUGCUCAGCUCCCUCCCAGACUGGAGGGCUUCCUGGAGGAAGUGUGGCAGCCCAGGAACAGCUGUGCUUCCGGCCAAAUCGUUUCCCUCAGAUGCUCUGCAUGUGGGGCGAGGCCCCUGGCCUCCCGGAUAGUUGGCGGGCAGGCCGUGGCUCCUGGGCGCUGGCCCUGGCAGGCCAGUGUGGCCCUGGGCUCCCGGCACACGUGCGGGGCCUCCGUGGUGGCACCCCACUGGGUGGUGACGGCCGCUCACUGCGUGCACAGGGUACCCCGCCUGUCCAGCUGGCGGGUCCACGUGGGGCUGGUCAGCCACAGUGCCGUCAGGCCUCACCAGGGGGCUGUGGUGGAGAGGAUUGUCCCCCACCCUCUCUACAGCAGCCAGACUCACGACUAUGACAUCGCCCUCCUGCGGCUCUGGACGCCACUCAACUUCUCAGACACCGUGGGUGCUGUGUGCCUGCCAGCCGAGAAGCAAGAUUUUCCAAGGGGAUCACAGUGCUGGGUGUCUGGCUGGGGCCACACCAACCCAAGCCACACCCACAACUCAGAUACGCUCCAGGACACGCUGGUGCCCCUGCUCAGCACCGAGCUCUGCAACAGCUCCUGCAUGUAUAGUGGGGCGCUCACCCCCCGCAUGCUGUGUGCUGGCUACGUGGAUGGGAGGGCUGAUGCGUGUCAGGGUGAUAGCGGGGGGCCCCUGGUGUGCCUGGACAGGGGCACCUGGCACUUGGUGGGGGUGGUGAGCUGGGGCCGUGGCUGUGCGGAGCCCAAUCACCCGGGCGUCUACGCCAAGGUUGCUGAGUUCCUGGACUGGAUCCAUGACAUUGUGAGGGUCCACUAGGUGGAGGAGAAGCGGCAGCCUCAGAUGCCGAAGGCACGGGACCUCCUA